AUGUCUUUUCGUAAAGAGGUAAAAACAAUGAUGUUUAUGGGCGUUUUAUGGCCCAAACUUUGUAUUUGUUUAAGACAAUCAAAGCAAAAACAAGAUAUUGGUUCAUUGCAGCAAAAAAGAGAAAAAACACUCCUAAUGAUUUAUUUCAAAAAUGUUUUAAUAUUAACAUAUCUCAUUUCUUCUGCUUCUUCUUCUUCUUCUUCUUAUUUCAUGUUAUUUUCUUUAAAGAUGAAUAAAUUAACCAUUAGUUUUAUGGUAAAUGAAGAUAACAUAUCACCCUCGCUUUCAAACUCAACAUUUGUCUCCAAGAGCAAAAAGUCUGUUGAUUCACAUCAAUCAUCAUAUAAAAGAUCUCCCACUAUGGUGAGUUCUUUAUAUACUGGUAAUGCACCUCCACCAAUCAAACUUACAACCAACGACAAACAAACAACUAUACACUCCAACUCUUCUACUUCUUCUUCCAGUGGAAGCAGUAGUUCAUCAGCAUCAGCAUCAUAUAAAACAAACACCAACAAAUAUUAUGAAUACCAGAGAUAUAGCCAAUACCAGAGAAUGUACCAGCAACCUGCACAACAACAACAACCUUUAUCACCUAAAUCUCAAUCACCACGUUCACCACGCUCACCACCAUCACAAAUUUCAACACAACAACAACUUAAUCAUCACCCAUCUUCCUAUCAUCCUUAUUCCAAAUUCAAUAGUCAAUACCCUGUAUACAGUUCAAUGGAACAACACUAUCAACACCAACAACAACUUUAUAAUCAAUAUUCUGGUAUUGUGCCACCAACCUCACACCCAUAUCAACAUCAAUAUGAUAAUUAUUAUGGUUACAUUUAUUAA